UGCUUUUUCCCCCCCCCCUUCAUCUCUCCCUCUCCCUCUCUGGCUGUUUUCUUCUGUCGCCCCACUCGCGAGUCAUGUGAUUGUAACGUAAAACCCCUAACCGGAAAACACCGACGGACGACCCUCUCCGCCGCCAACGAAUGCUGCGUUUACAAGGAACACAGUUGAGGCUGCAGCGAGCGAGGAGAGGACGGACGGUUAGGGCUCCGGUAGCAAGCGAACAAGGGCGACACGGAGAAACUCCGGUGAUUUCAGCAGAGCGCAGGUUGAAGAAUGGAGUUGGCCAACCAUGGUCUUAUCCUGCUGCAACAGCUUAACGCUCAGAGGGAAUUUGGCUUCCUGUGCGACUGCACUGUGGCCAUUGGAGAUGUCUUCUUCAAAGCCCACAAAGCAGUCCUCGCUGCCUUCUCCAACUACUUCAGGAUGCUCUUUAUUCACCAGGACAGUGACUGCGUGCGUCUGAAGGCCGCCGACAUCCAGCCAGACAUCUUCAGCUAUCUGCUCAACCUGAUGUACACGGGGAAGCUCGCCCCGCAGCUGAUAGACCCGGCGCGCCUCGAGCAGGGGGUCCGAUUCCUCCACGCAUAUCCGCUCCUGCAGGAAGCCAGCCAGUCGCUGUAUUCCCACCCGGAGCAGAGCAUCAACCUCUCCACCUCCCUCUACGGCAUCCAGAUAUCCGACCAGCAGGUGGCGCUGUCGGCCAGCGUGUCGGCUCGCCGGCAGCUCUCGUCGCCCUUCGACUUGGAGCAGCUCAACUCGGAGGGGAAGGUGUCCACGCCCGCCGCGGCCACCUUCACGAACGCCCUGCUGUCCAAGCCGGCUUCCUCGCCCCCGGAAGUCGAGGCCUCAACCAGCAGCAUGAAGACGUCCGCCGAGGACGGGGUGAUGGACUUCCUGAGCGCGGACGCGUCCUCGGCCACUGCAAUCCUCCACGUCAAGCCGAGCAUAAUGAAGAGGAGCUCUUCCUUCAGGAAGUACUACUCGUGCCAUCUCUGCAAGAUCCGGUUCACCCAGAGAAGUCUGCUGAGAGAGCACCUCCUGCAGCACACCCAGGCCCUCCAGCAGCCGGCGGCCGAGCCCGGCAAGGCGCCGUCGCCCACCGUGAUCAGAGACAGCAGCGCGUUGGCGGAGGGGCCUCCCAAAGGAAACAAGGCCGCAGCCGUGGAGAUCAUCAGCGACAGCGAACAAACCCCCGUCUCGGUCACCAACUCGGACUCCCCCCAAGCCGAGGUGUCCACGUCCACGUGGGGGGUGGGGGGGCUGCACUCCCAGGCGGACACGCCGCCGCCCUCGGACAUCGCGGACAUCGACAACCUGGAGAACACGGACCUGGACCGGGAGGUGAAGCGCCGGAAGUACGAGUGCUCCACGUGCGGCCGCAAGUUCAUCCAGAAGAGCCACUGGCGCGAGCACAUGUACAUCCACACGGGGAAGCCCUUCAAGUGCAGCGCCUGCGGCAAGAGCUUCUGCCGCGCCAACCAGGCCGCCCGCCACGUCUGCCUGAACCAGGGCGCCGACUCCUACACCAUGGUGGACCGCCAGAGCAUGGAGCUGUGCGCCGCCGCCGGCGAAGACAGCAGCCAGAUGGAGGCCAUGUUCUCGGGCUCGUCGAAGCCUUACAAAUGCAACAUUUGCGCGACGACCUUCUCCAGCCCCUCCGAGGUGAUCAAGCACCUGUGCUUCUCCCAGGGGGGACUGGCGGGGCUGCAGGUGAGCGCAGGGGCAGGCGUGCUGCUGCAGCAGGAGGACGUCUCCAAAGAUGAAGGCUCGGAUCUGUCCAACUCCGGCACGCCGCCGGAGCCGAUAAAGACUGAGGAGAUCCUCGUGGAGUAGAAGCGGGACUGUUUUUAACGCGUUUGCCGUCUGAAUCGCCAUCGAGAGCGGGCAAGCUGGAAAAAAGGAAGUUUUGUCAGGGUAUGUUUGUUAGAUAUCCUUCUUAACGUUUAUUUUACGAUAAAGUGCUUUAAGUCGUUUAGCGUCGCUAAUUCUAAAGAUCUCUAUACAAUCAUUAAAAAAAAAAAAAGACACGUUUCCCCAGGAAGACUUAGGGUUCAACAACAAAACAGUGAUUUAUGUUGAAAGGAGCCUCGCGUGCAGCUGUGUACGCUACUCAUAGGAAGAGGAAGCUGAGGUGGCGUGUAGACGGCUGCGAAACGCUGACGGUUCAUCUGCAGCCGUGGCGGGCUUUCCACGUGGACAGGAACCUAGACGUCGGCCGGGAGCCGCAGACACGCCGGCCGGAGGCGAGCCGUGCUCUUUUUAUUUGAAUCGACUCCCAGCGAGCAUCCGCGUGUAUCCGUCUUCCGUCCCCCCCCCCUCUGAGCAGGAUAGGAUAGGUAAGUUAGUGUAAAGCAACGUCUGCUCACUUCACCGCGCCUCUCCCAGCACCCGCGUACGUGUUUGACCGUGUUUGGUGGCGUCUAAGUCAGAGUGUUGCUCCUGUCUUUAUUUCCGCUCCACCUGAGGAACAUGGUAUCGUCUGAACCUUCUGAUGUUUUUUUUGUUUGUUUUUUUUUUUUUUCUCGUAUUAACUUGCCUCGUUGUGUAUUAUAUGACUCUUUUGGUUACUAACACUGAAGCAACAUGUUCCAUCCAUACGUGUGAAAACCCCUCAAUCUGAGGCUGAGGACUGUUGGAAAUCAUCGUGUGUUUUCAGAAAAUUCAUUCGAAUUAAUUUCUGGACCCCCUUUAAAGUUUAUUUGACAUGUUUUUUGGUUGUUGUUGUUGUUUUUUUUUUUUUUCUAAUUUUAUACACAGUGCUAUAUUCCUAAAAAAAAGACUUUAUAUUUCAAAGAUGUAAGAUUAUUAGUAGACUGACAGCUUCCCGACCGGACAUUCAUUGGGUCUAGCCAAUCUGAACAUGAAGGAGAUGCAUUAACAGGUGUUGAAUUAUUAAGAAGGCUCUUUUUUUAAAAUCUUGCCAAAUGUGAGCUAAAGGAUUUUCUUUGUUUAGUUUUUUAAAAAAGGGAAACCGUUUGUUUUUGUUUUUUUUUCUACAUUUCAAUGAUUUUGUUGUGUUUGUGUGUUCCUAAGCUCUGCCAAUACCUGAAUAAAUAACUAAUACAUGGUUGUUGUAAGUCUUAGAAAAAGGAAAAUAAAACAUCGUAGAAGCCUGAUUAUAUCAGCUAUUUGGACUGGCAGUAAUAUCUCAAGAACAAGAUGGUUUACACAUGUUUUUGUUGGAAUAGAAAAUGUUUUUAUUUAUCUUCCACGUCAGUUCAUUUGAGAUAAACGCUUUCUACUGAACGUGCUACUGAUGACAGGAAUUACAUGUUUUUAGACUCGUUGGAUGAAUGAGAAGCUCAGAUUAUUAUAUUGGUUAUAAUUUGAAAUAAAAAACAAAUUUUUCCCCCAUUGCACAGAAAAAAGUAGCUUUUUUAUAUGCAAAGUCGCCAAAGAGUUAAUAGUUCCUAUAAUAUAAAUUUGACCUUAGCUCCAAAAUCUAAAUUUGCUUAGAGCUUCCCAUUCAUUAAUUCCACAAUGUUUUACAUAAAAAUAAACAAUUCUUCAUGUAUUGAAAUCUCUACAAGCUAAAACUGUUGUUUUUUUCUCUUUAAUUCAGCCCUUCUAGUCCUAUUUAUGAAACUUAGUUUAAUGCAACACAGGCCUAAACUAAAGCACACAGACAUGUUUUAUUAACAGGAAAUAGUUUUAGGAGGUCUUUAAUAGUCUGUAAUUACCCUGCUUGAAUAACCUUUAAUCAGAGUGCUAAAAGUAACCAUUCUCGUUGUAUUGAGUUGUAUAUUUUUCCCCCUUUCCUGUUUUAAUGCUAGAAAAGUUGUGAUUUGCAGAAAUUGUUUCACAAGGAUUUAGAUUUUCAUGCAGUUCACGCAGCUCACAGCUAGAUGGCGCAGGUCUGCUUCUAUUAUCCGCUCAGGUUAAAAGAGGGGAAAACUGUCAAACCUGAACAGUGAUUGGUCUCCAGCUGUUUCUGCUUUACCAUGAAUCUGGGUCCUUACAUUGCAAUAAAUUACCAAACCCCUGUAAAUAUACACAGCUGCAGCUUUUCUUUUCUUUUCUUUUUUUUUUCUUUUUUUACCUGCCAGCUGUCAUUGAUCAUUCUCUUUUUCAAACCAAUGAAAUUUCUAAGCUACUGUCCCUUAAUUUUCCAAAACGAUCCACGUGGGG